AUGAAUUUGACAGGAUCAGCAAGCGCAUUUACACAUCAACUAAACGUAUACAAUUUGGUGUUUAGUACCGUCGUAUUCGCUAUAUACACAUGCUGUGGCAAAUUCCAUGUCUUUUACGGUCCUUCCAAGCUCUUCUACGUCGCGGCUUUGGUACAGUGCGCCUUUAGCAUCUGGUUAUUAGGAUUUCCUGCAUCAUAUGUGGCGAUAUAUACCGUUUGCAUAUGGUCGAUGAUCGUUCGUGGAUUACAGGCGACCAUGGCGUCUGUCGAAAUUUUCCAUCGUAACAAACAGCAUACAAACCGAAUACUUUGCGGAAUGAACGACGACGAAGAUGAAAUAAUUUUGAAUGUCACUCGGCUCUAUACGCUUCCAUUUCCGUCUGCUCCAUGUUCGCUAGACAACGGCAUGUUUCUUCGGAGGUUCCGCAAUUUGGAGACAGCGGAGUUGCGCAAGAUAUAG